CUGGUUCAUUCUACGUAAUGUUCAAGCGACAGUCUACGACCUUCUGAAACAGAAAUGAAAAUGUGAUGCUAUGUCGUUGUUUGGUUAGACUCUGGGGAAAAUAUAUCGGGAAUUAAUAUAUAAAGUAAUCAAUCAUGUUACGCGUAACUCUUGGAAAAUGUGUCAGAAACGUAGGCCAUCGGUUUAUGUCAUCGGUUGGAACGGAAAGUGCACUGCCAUCCAAUCUACGAAUCCCUUCAAAUCUCGUUGACGUUCCCCGCGCCAAACGUGCACUGCCGCUAAACGAGGACCUCCCUGUGUUGCACAGGUGUGCAGAGGACAUUCCUGCACACCUCGCCUCCAAACAAACUUGGGUGGAGUCAUUAGCAAGUCGUGAUUUUAAACCUUUAGGUCUUGUGGACCUCCACCCAGACGUGUUUGCUGUUCAGGCCAGGAUCGACAUCCUCCACGAAGUUGAGAUCUGGCAAAAAAACUUCAAAAGAGUUAGCCAUGCCAAAACCAAGGUUAGAAGUGAGGUUCGUGGUGGAGGUCGGAAACCAUGGAACCAAAAGGGUAGUGGGCGCGCUCGUCACGGCAGCAUCAGAUCACCUAUCUGGAGAGGAGGUGGUGUAAUACACGGACCAAGGGGACCCACAAGCUACUACUACAUGUUGCCCAUGAAAGUCCGUGUGCAAGGACUAAAAAUCGCUCUCAGCUCUAAAUUCACACAGGAUUACCUCAGAGUUGUUGACAGUCUAGAGAUUCCGACUCCUGACUCUCAAUACAUCAUGGAUCUCGUAGCACACAGACACUGGGGCGAUUCUGUCUUAAUUGUAGACGUAGGUGAGGAAUUGCCAGAGAACAUCUUGCAGGCUACAUCAAACCUCAAAAAGAUCAAUAUCAUUCCAGCAAUAGGUCUAAAUGUUCAUAGCAUGCUGAAACAUGAAACCUUGGUCCUCACUCUGGAAGCGGUGAAGUUUUUAGAAAAGAAGCUCCUUUGGCAUGACACACGUUACUCACCAAUAUAUCCCUUCAAACUCCCUUACUCAGACCUGCCAUAAAUGUCAAUAAGGUUGCAAUAAGGUUUAAUUAAAAGUGUUUAUUUAAUAAAAA